CAGUUCGGGUGGCCCUCUCAAACUUCUUCUGCUCUGUUUCAAGCUGCCACUCGUAAAAAUAAUCUCGCAACGAAGAGGAACAGAAGUAUCUUUGGUUUUAAUGGUCUCGUUUUCUCGACAAUCAGUGGAAUUUCUUUGAUGGGUAUGUUUCAUUUUCUGAACAAUUUGUGUUAGCAGUAGCCAUAGCAGUAUAUAGAAAGGGAAGCAAUGGAAGCGUUAUUAAACACAUUCCCACAUCAAAGUUGCUCCAAAGUCUUCGUUUUCGAUCCUAAAAUAGUUCAUAAGCUUCCAAUGCUAAAAUUAAGAACUGGGUUUUUUACCCGAAAACCAGAGCUAGGUUUUGUGAGAAGAAAUUGCAUAAAUUUAGGCAGAGUUAGUCAUGGUAUUAGUUCACUGAGUCUUAAUGAUGAUGAUGAUGAUGAUGGUCCUUUGGAUAUCAAACCUCCCAAGAAAAGGAAAAAACAACAGAAAUCGAAGUUGCUGGAAGACUCUGAUGGGAUGGAUUGGUGUAUGAGGGCAAGGGAGGUUGCCCUCAAAUCAGUUGAGGCGAGGGGCCUGACUCGUACAAUGGAGGAUUUGAUCACUGUAAAGAAGAAAAAGAAGAACAAGAACAAGAACAAGAAGUUUGGAAACAAAGAGAAAGUUAAGAAGAAACUCGAAGAGGAUUUGUAUAAUGACUCGGCGGAUGAGUUUGAAUUGCAAGAUAUGGGAAAUGUUGAUGAUGCUGAUGUACUAAGGAGGAACGUGAGUAUGUUGGCAGGUGGAAUGUUCGAAGAAAAGAGGGAGAAGACAAUGGAAGAAUUUGUUCAGAGGCUAUCCCAAUUUUCAGGGCCCUCUGAUCGCAGGAAAGAAAUUAAUUUGAACAAAGCUAUUGUAGAAGCACAGACUGCGGAGGAAGUGUUGGAGGUUGCUGCCGAGACAAUCAUGGCUGUUGGGAAAGGCUUGAGCCCCUCGCCUCUCUCUCCUUUGAACAUUGCCACUGCUCUUCAUCGUAUUGCUAAGAACAUGGAGAAGGUUUCAAUGAUGGAAACACGUAGACUGGCUUUUGCCCGUCAAAGAGAGAUGUGUAUGCUUGUGGGUAUUGCAAUGAAAGCCUUACCAGAAUGUUCAGCUCAAGGUAUCUCGAAUAUUUCGUGGGCGUUGUCCAAGAUUGGAGGUGAGCUGCUUUAUUUAUCAGAAAUGGAUAGAGUUGCUGAGGUUGCAUUCACCAAGGUUGGAGAGUUCAAUUCUCAGAAUGUUGCUAAUGUUGCGGGUGCUUUUGCUUCGAUGCAGCAUUCUGCUCCUGAACUCUUUUCAGAAUUGUCAAAAAGGGCUUCAGAUAUAAUUCACAAUUUCCAAGAGCAGGAACUUGCUCAGGUCUUGUGGGCUUUUGCUUCUUUAUAUGAGCCUGCUGACCCUUUGCUUGAAUCUUUAGAUAAUAUCUUCAUGGAUGCUAGCCAAUUUAAAUGCUGCUUAAGUGAAGAAACUUUAAAUAUUAAUGAAGAAAGCAGUGUGGAUAGCAGUAGAGAUCUUGGCUUUGAUCAAGUUUUAAGGUCUCCUGUCCUCAGUUUUAAUAGGGAUCAGCUUGGGAAUAUAGCUUGGUCAUACGCUGUUUUAGGACAAAUGGACCGGAAUUUCUUUUCUCAUGUAUGGAGAACUCUGAGCCACUUUGAGGAGCAAAGGCUUUCAGAGCAGUAUAGGGAGGAUAUCAUGUUUGCUUCCCAAGUUCAUCUUGUGAACCAGUGCUUGAAGCUAGAAUGCCCACAUCUUCAAUUAUCUUUAAGGAGUGCUCUUGAGGAGAAAAUUUCUCGUGCAAGAAAAACCAAGAGGUUUAAUAAAAAAGUGACUUCAUCAUUUCAAAAGGAGGUAGCUCGCCUUCUUUUUAGCACUGGCCUUGAUUGGGUCCGAGAAUAUGUUGUGGACGGGUAUACUGUAGAUGCAGUUUUGGUUGAUCAGAAGGUUGCUUUGGAGAUUGAUGGGCCAACUCAUUUCUCAAGGAAUACUGGGGCACCUUUAGGACAUACCCAGCUGAAGCGCCGCCACAUGACUGCUGCCGGAUGGAAGGUCUAUUCAUUGUCUCAUCAAGAGUGGGAGGAGCUUCAAGGUAGCUCCGAGCAAUCAGAAUACCUAAGAGAAAUUCUCAAAGAUCACUUGGGUGGAAAACGGCAACAUUGCAUGAAUAGAGAGAGGUAAGAUUGUAAAGCAAUUGAGUCGAGGUGAAAUUUUGGCAAAGAGUUUAGUAGAAAUAAAAGUUCCUUAGACAUCAACAACUCUGCAGCAUGGGAAAGAUUCAAGAAGCAAAGAAAGUUUUUGGUAAUUUGAAGAUCUCAUGUUGUCUCCGGCAUCUCUUUCGCUCUUCCUCAAAAGGGCGGCGGAGGGUGUAGACCGCAGGUGGCGGCGGGAUGAAUCUCCACUUUUUCUUUUCUUUUCUUUUUUUGUAAUUGCCUACGUGGCAUACUAGUGUGGAUCUUAAUAUACGUGGCACGUUUUUACUUGUCUAA